AUGUCGCUUUCAGUCCAGUCUUUGAACGGCGACACAUGCUUCCUACUCACAUUCGACCCACCGGCAGCCCCACUGACGUCGCCGGGGCUCUUUCCCGGCUCUUUUACGAUUCUAGUUGACCCCUGGCUUAGCGGACCCUCGAUCAUCCUCAACUCGGUCUUCUCCCACUCUGAGCAAAAGUCGAAGCCGUGCAUCGCCAGUCUGCGCGAGCUUGACCGCGAGCCCGACCUCGUGCUUGUAUCGCAAGACAAGCCCGACCAUUGCCAUGAAGCGACGCUGCGGCAGCUGCCCGCAGACACCGAGUCGACGAUUCUGGCCAUGCCCGCUGCGGCCAGGAAGAUACGCGCGUGGAAACACUUUCGCGCAGAGUCGAUACACGCUCUCCCGCGGUUCGUGCAGGGAGACGACGAGUCGCUAUAUCGCAUUGUGCUGCCGCCGCCCUCGCCGCGAGGGACAUGCGGCCAAGUCACGGUGACCUGGAUGCCAGCGAAACGGGACCUGUCCAAGGUGCACCAUGCUAUUGGUAUAACCUACAGGCCUCCCUGCACGGUGCUCUCAUCGCUCAGCCCAACGCACUACAUCGACCUUCCCAUGAGCCCGCCUCCGUCGCCAGGAACUCCGUUGACGGUUGCAUCGUCGCCGCGCACGCUGGUGCCGUCGCCGUUCAACAAUCGCGAGAAGACGCUGUCGGUCAUUUACUCGCCCCACGGCGUGUCGUACGACGUGAUACGGCCAUAUGCAAGCUCGUACCUGGUGUCGGAAUCAGCCCUACCUCUAACUGCACUCCUGCACUCGUUUGACAGCGUUGCAAAUCCCUGGUGGCUCGGCGGCAACAUAUCCGCCGGGUCGCCGGGCGGCAGCGAAAUUGCCAAGAGCCUGUACGCGCGAGCAUGGAUCUCUGCCCAUGACGCAGACAAGGACAAUCGGGGAUGGGCAGUCAAGUUGACGCAGAUUGCACAGCACGCGGCAGAUGAGGUCAAGCAGAUGCUAGACGAGGGGGUUGUGAGGAAGAGGGUGAGCAGCACGCAGGUGAUUGCGCUGGCGCCUGGGGAGCGGCAUCGGAUUGCAGCAGGAUGA